ACUAUCGAGCGCCGAUGAUUUCCUGCGUCUCCAAAAAUCUCAGCAAAUACUUACUUUCACGAUGUUUUCCGCGUCUCCGCGGCCGGAUUACGGGAUGAAAUAGCGCCGCUGCCUUUUUCCGCGUUUAUGCUAUGACGCUAUGAAGCGUUAUGAGAAAAUGAUUAAUAAUUAUAAUUUCAUCAGGGUCGUCGGGAAAGGCAGCUAUGGGGAGGUGAACUUGGUGAAACACAAAACGGACCGAAAACAGUAUGUUAUAAAGAAGCUGAAUCUAACCACCUCCUCCAAGCGUGAGCGCCGUGCGGCCGAGCAGGAGGCGCAGCUACUGUCCCGCCUCCGACAUCCCAACAUCGUGACGUACAGGGAGUCUUGGGAAGGAGACGACUGUCAGCUGUACAUCGUGAUGGGCUUCUGCGAAGGCGGCGACCUCUAUCACAGGCUCAAGCAGCAAAAAGGGGAACUGUUACCUGAGAGGCAGGUGGUGGAGUGGUUUGUCCAGAUAGCCAUGGCGCUGCAGUACCUGCACGAGAGGAACAUUCUUCAUCGGGACCUUAAAACGCAGAAUAUCUUCCUGACUAAGACGAACAUCAUCAAAGUCGGGGACCUCGGCAUUGCACGCGUGUUGGAGAACCAGAAUGAUAUGGCCAGCACGCUCAUCGGGACCCCUUACUACAUGAGUCCUGAGCUGUUCUCUAAUAAACCCUAUAACCACAAGUCAGACGUCUGGGCCCUGGGUUGCUGCGUGUAUGAGCUGUCCACACUGAAACACGCCUUCAAUGCCAAGGACAUGAACUCACUGGUGUAUCGCAUUGUAGAGGGAAAGCUGCCACAGAUGCCCAGUAGAUAUGAUCCCCAGCUCGGAGAUCUGAUCAAGAGCAUGCUGAGUAAGAGACCUGAAGACAGGCCUGACGUCAAACUCAUCCUACGUCAGCCCUACAUAAAACGACAAAUAGCCAUGUUCCUCGAGGCCACUAAAGAAAAAACUGCCAAGUCGAGGAACAAAGCCAUAGUUGGCAGCGGAGACGGUAGGAACAACAGUGCAUCGUCUGUGGCGUCGUGUCAGCCGAAACGUCCGAGGCUGCCACCAAGUCCCCAACCUGAACCGCCUGCUGGGGUCAAACGGAAAGAAGACAAAUCCCAUCAGCAUAAAAGCCGUAAUGGUGUGACAGAGAGUUCUGCCGUCCAAAAACCUCCGUCACCCAAACCCUCCUCGCCUGACGCCCUCCAAUCGUCCCUGGCGACUGUCAGCAACAUCGAUAUCCACCUACAGCAGGAUGACGACCCGGCGAAGAGACAGGUGCAGGAGCCUCAGCCGGUCGUGUCCAACCACCGGGCGGCUAAUGAACCUGCGACUCACGGUGCGAACAAAGACAGCAAGGGAAGAGGGAAACCGGAUCCGUCUCCCCCUCCCUCCCCCGUUAAGCCCCCGCUGAAGUCUGGAUCAGAUGUUGGCAGUGGGGGAGGAGACGAGAGGAUGGCGUCCAAUGGUUUGGUGGAAGGUGGACCACGGGCCACACCAAACCACCGGGAUACAUUUUCUGUUUUGGGGGAGAAACCAGUGUCACAUGUGGAUGAUAAGGACGAUACCAUGGAGUUACUCAAAGAAGCUGACGCACAGAACCCAGAUCUGGAAAACGUCGGAGGAGUUGUGAAUGUGGAUGAUAACAAUGACACAGUGACCCUCUUCAAGCGAGCACAACACUUACAUAAUUCAGACGUCCAGGAAAACCUAGAAUCUACUGAAAAGCUGUUGGAGUCUCCAGCACUGGAGCCUGUUCAGGAGGAAUCUCCCUCGUUAGCCGACAAGACUGAUCGAUCAGUUCCAGGCCGAACUCCCCUCUACUUCUCAUCAGAGCCAUCGGUCUCACAACGAACCAGAGGGAAGCACACAACGCUGACACACGGGGAUCAGGACAAGUCCAAGACGGCCGCUCCUCGACCUUUGCCUCAACCUCCCGCUGAGACUGUAGCUGUGGAGGGGAAGAAGAGGAAUAGGAGGAGCACAGAGAGCAAGAAAGCGGAUGUAACUGCAUCAUCCUCUUCAGUUAGUUCCUGUAAAGACGGACUGUUAGCGCUGCCACAGGAUCGGCCUUUGUCGGCCAGAGAGAGACGGAGACUCAGGCAGUCUCAGGAGAGCGUCAACCAGCCAGGUGUCAGCUCUGCACGAAGGGCAUCUUAUGACGUCACUCCCUCCCAGGCUGAGCACUGCAGUGUCCCUCUCACGCGAUGUGUUUCAGUCACAGAGUCCAGCUCUAAGGAUAAGUUUCUGGAGCAAAGGUCGGAUGAGGAUGAGUGCAGCUCAUCCACGAGUUCCACGGAGCGUUCAGAGGGAGACUGCAGGGAAAGGAAGGCCGAAUCCAACGACAUGCACGAUUUAGUCCACAUGAUGACUCAGACUUUGAGGAUGGAUGUCGGAGACGGUGGAAACGAGGUGGACAAAGGGAGAUUCGGCUCCACUGCGCUGCCAGAAUUCAAGCUCAACAGGAAGUACAGGGACACGCUGGUGCUUCACGGGAAGACCCGAGGGGACGCAGAGAACCUGUCACUUGGUGAAAUACCAACAGAAGGCUCCACAUCUGGUCCAGCCAAGAUAAGAAGAGCCAUCGAGCAGCUGAGGACAGACGUAGUAAAGGGCCUGGGAGUCAAGCUGCUGGACAGAGUGCUGGAAAUCAUGGAGAUGGAGGAUGAGGCCAAAAGAGAACUGUGUCUUCGUGACCAGAUGGGAGAUGAGAAGUAUCAAGUCUAUGCUGUGAUGGUGAGGCAGCUGAAAUUCUUCGAGGACAUGGCCUUCAAGGUUUAAAAAAACACUGUCUAUGAGGGUCACGAACAUUUGCAUUUCUAUGUCGCGAUUUGUGAAAAAGAUUUUCGACACAUCUUGUAUAACAGGAUACACUUUCUGAAACCACCUGAGAGCUUAUUCCUGCCAAAGACAACUCUGGUUGUGUGGCAUCGCUACAUUUUUCAGCCUGAUCAUAUUCAAGUCCUCGUUUCCUCAUUUGUUUUUGUUACUAGAUACACUUGUACUGGCAAUCGUAUGUAAAUAAGCUUCUUUAAACCUCAUUUCAGUAUGAACAGAGAAUGUGAAAUCAGUCUUAGAAAGGGACUCAUGAUGGCUAUGCAAAACGUUCGGUCACGUUCAAGCACUCAAGUCUUUCUACAUGUACUUAUAGUUUAAACCCAAGUGUAUUUAUGAUGCUGAAGUUCAGUAAUUGUUGUUGUUUUCUACGCUGUAUCUUUGAUGACACUAGGUUUCACUUCAGCUGCUCCGUUAUAUUUUCCUAUACACGAGAUAAUGUUAACUAGACUCAUUGUAGAUAUUAACGUUUGAAUUUUAUAAAGAAUCCUGAAUGUAUUUUUUUACAGUUACUUUCCAUAAUGUUGAGAAUAACAAUAAAGAAUUGUGGUGAUAACAAAAAUCUCAAUAAAAUGAAACACUGCAGUUGUGAAA